AUGUUUUUCACUAGUUGGGAGCUGUGGGAGCAGAUGACCUUUGUCCUGGGUUGUGCUAUAGCCGCAGUCUUCGUCAUCGGAUACGUAAAGCUUUUAUGGCAGAACAGACUGGUUAGGAAACAGGAGCUGGUCGAUGAAGACAAGAGGUCGCGCAUCGAAGGGCUGAGGAGUAGUGGGCAGAUUGUCGAGUCGCAACAGGCCCACGAUAUUCCCUUUGGAGUCCGAGCUAUACAGAGCGGCAUUCAGGUUGAUGGCAUAUGGAUCUCGAACACCAACACACCAGUGCCGAGUGAGCUUGGACUUGACAGAUUUGCGACGCAUGGCUCUGGCACGAGUCAUAGCCCCUCUCGAGAGGUUGCACAAAAGGCCGACAACAGGUCCAGGCAGGGCAAAUCGCCGCUCAGAAAUGACCCUGUAGCUUCGACGAACCUGCUCGACGAUGAUUCCUAUGAACAAGCCGAUAAUGGAGCUAGUCAUCCUUCCUAUAAACCCAGAAAGUCCUCCCAUCUUCGUUAUGGCAGCCACGGAGGAACGAACUUCGAUGACGGGACGCUAGCGCAUCUCGAAGGGCAUUCAUCACCAGCGAAGAAGAAAGUUUACACCCAUCGACCACGAGGAUCUCGUCAAGUUGAUCUCGAAGGCGACUCGGCAUCCGCAGCCGACAACGAGCACUCGUCCGGAGGGUCAUCCGAUUCUGAUGCUACACUAUCAGGAGGGUUACGAGUACAAACUGACCGUCAGAAUAAGUACUCACCAAUUCGGAGCGGAGUCCAAAGGCCUAUAAAUCCAGUUGUGGCUACUAGGAUACCGGGCCGACCCAUACGUGAUUCGUUUCCAUUUCCUACUGCAAAGUCUGAAUACACACAGGUUCCGCUAACCGACUCGCCAAGUCAUGAAGGAGAAGAUCCGUUUCUCACCCCAAAAGCUUCACCGCCUGGGGAGUCGCACCUAGGAAGCUCUAUGGGAGGUCAGCUCUUAGGCCACAGAGCUAUAUCCUCUGAUUACCACCCGGUGCAGCAAUCUGGUGAUCCUACGGCGGAGCGCUUUGUUUCUGGCGAGCUCCACCUCAAUAGACAAAUGCGUAAAGUGAACUCGGGGUUCGAAGUUCUACCAGCUGGAACUUUCAAUGUGCCCACGACGUCGAGACAAGAAAGCUACAAUCUGCCAGAUGAUGACUUUGGGGAGAGACGACAAUCAAAGUUACAGAAAAAGCCUCGAACGUCAGGAGUCUUCGAUCGGACUUAA